AUGCUCAACGAUAACAUCGAAGUGUUCGCCCGGCGCGUAGGCCCGCGCGCGACGCGGUUCCUGGAAUACGUUCGCCCCGGGCACGCGCAGAAGUUCCACUCGCAGCACAUGCUAAGCUACAUCGAGGCGACGUCUGAGGAGUGCUUCCAGAUCCACGUGCGCCUUCACCACGGCUUCAAGUUCUAUACCGCCACUUGCCUCGAGAUCCGCCUUUGGCUCGAUGCCCACGGCGAGCCCGACGUCCACCUCUGUGAGAAGGUCCACAUACCCGCCGACGGCCGCAACUACUUUGACUUUAUCCUGAGAGACUUUGCCGUCCAGGUUGGAGAGCACUGGGAGAACGGCCGACUAUGUUUUGGAGAAGUGCAAGUCGACGAGGACAAGGAGAGGCUCUACAAGAAAUCGGAGCUCAAGAACCGCGCCAAGAAGCUCGGUUCCAUCCGCAUCUCCGUUCAGCGUGGCCGUCAGGACUCUGACCCUGUCCGAGAUGAAGAGCCGGAGUCCGUUGAUCUGGAUGGGAAAGUCACGUCGACUGAUCGCUCUAAUGGAAUAAGACAUUACGUGAAGACAGUCAAUAAUCGUGUCAUCAAUCCUCCCGCCAGCGACAAAUCAACGCUAUUCAAGCGUAUUGCCGGGCCCCAUGGAGAGCGCUUCACUUUCGAGCUCCGCUACCGUCACCGUGCCGAGCUCCAACGUCUAGGCAUGAUGGACGACGACGGCCGUCGUAUCGAGCUCACCACCGGAAACGAGGAGGAGGACGAGCCACCCACACCACCCAGCCGGAGACCAGCCCCGUCCGCGAGUACCGGCACCUUGCCAUCAUCUCUGCCGGCCUCCUCCUCCCCUCACGUCCCCGCAGAUCUUCUGCCAUACAUGUCUUCCCCGCCUGGUCUCGCUUCCAGCUCGCUCUCCAGGCACACGACGAAGCGCGCCCGCAUCCCCAGCGCUCCAUCCUCUUACCAUCCUCCCCGCACCGCACCCGCCUCCUCGGACAGAUCGCUCCCCCCGGCCGGCCCUGCCUCCUCCCCUCCGCACAAGAAGCGCCAUCUCCUCCCCGGCAUCUCCCGGCAGGAGAACAGCAGCGCAUCUCCGCUGCCGACGUCUCCUCCGACCGCGCGUCGCAAUGCCGCGCCGCCCAUCGAUCUCACGCGCGACGUCUCUCCGACGCCCUCGCCUCCACGAACGACGACGAGGCCAAUGCUGCCGGCGCCGCUGUCCACGCUGAGACACGCGCCAUCAGCCAACACCGGCGCCCUCUCCUCCUCCUCCCCUCCUCCUCCUCCCUCCCGCUCCUCCCCCCGCGCCCCUUCGUCUCCAUUGCCCGCGCAGCCGCAUCCGCAUCCGCUGCAGCAUCACCGCCGCCCGUCGUCCACCAAGCCCUCGAUCCGGCGUCCUCUCCUUCUCCCCCCUCCUCUUCCGGCCUCGGUCUCGGCGAACAAGCCUCUCUCCUCUUCCACGUCCGUCCCGCGCAGCUGCGGCGGCGGUGGUGGUGGUAACUUGCCUCUGCCACCGACCGCCCUUCCUGCCGCGUCGACGAACAGGUUGCCUUCUUCUUCUUUCCCGCUGACGGCGCAGCCCCCGGCACCGAGGAGCCACGACGUUAACAUGACGUUUGCAGGCUUCCCGGUCGAACUCCAAGCGGCGGGCGGCCGCAUGACGUCCAACGGCAGCGGCGGCGGUCGUGACGACAACGACAACGGCAUUGCUACCAUUGCUGCCGCCGCGUCGGCGUCGUCGUCGUCAUCCUUCUCUUCCUCCUCCCUCUUCGGCGACGAACACCGCAGCGGACGCGGCCGUAGUGGCGCUGGCGGUCGUGGUCAUCAUGAUGAUGAUGAUAACGAUGAUGGCGGCAAUAGCGACGACGAGGACGACGACCAUUACCAAGAUGACGACAACGCUGACGACAUGAGCCAGGCGGAGCUGGAGCUGGAGCUGCGGCGCAUGCGGGUGCAGCAGCGCGCGUUCGAGGUGGAGAAGAGGCGGUUGGAGGUGAGGCAGCGGCAGAUGGAGUAUGAGAUCAGGCUCGAGAGGGUGAAGAGGAGGUCGGCGGCGGCGGCGCAGGAGCAGGAGCAGUGGCAGCAGCAAGGGCAGCAAGGGCGGGGGAGUGGUGGUGGUGGUGGUGGUGCUGGUCCGUCGGCUGGGGACGGCGACGGCGAAUUCUGA